AUGACGAACGUACUUCUGCUUUCUGUGGUUGUGCUGCAUUUUCUCCAACAAGGGAGCAGGAGCAAGAAAUUACCUGGAGUUGAGCAAUAUGAGAUAGUUUAUCCACGGAAAUUGCACGCAGUCCAUAAAAGAGAUGUAGAAAGAAACAAAGAGACAAAAUACGAGGACACUAUGGAGUACAGAAUCAAAGCCAAUGGAGAGGAAGUCAUUCUGCACCUCCGAAAAAAUAAGGAUCUGUUAGCCAGAGACUACACCGAAACGGUUUAUUCCCAUGACGGUCGACAAAUCACAACAAGUCCUCAGAUCAAGGAUCACUGUUAUUACGAAGGUUACAUUCAGAACGAUGCUGACUCCACUGCAAGCAUCAGUGCUUGCAAAGGUUUAAGCGGAUAUUUUGAGACCCGUGGCCAGAAAUACCUCAUCGAACCCUUGGGAGCUUCAGACAGAGACGAGCACGCGGUCUACAAGUACGAGAAACUGGAGCAAAAGUCCAUAAAAACCUGCGGUCUGAUCAACAACUCCUGGGAAGAGGAUUCAAAUGACCCCAUCAAUGAGAUCUUCAAAUCCAGCAACAGCCCAGAAAUGAAAGCGUACCUGAAAGCAAAGAAGUAUCUGGAAGUUUACAUCGUUGCAGACAAUACUUUGUACAAGAAGUAUGAGGAAGAUGUUGAAACUGUAAGAGAACGGGUAUUCGGAAUAGUCAACUACAUCAACACAGUUUACAAGGCCCUGAACAUCUACGUGGCGUUAAUUGGCCUGGAAAUCUGGACGGACGGUGACAAAUGCCUCCUGAGCCGCACCGCGGGGUUCACCCUGGACAGCUUCUCCAAGUGGCGUCUCUCAAACUUACUGAAGAGGAAGAGAAACGACAACGCUCAGCUAAUAACAGGCUACGACUUUGAGGGGACGACGAUUGGAUUGGCCUUUCUAAAGUCCAUUUGCAGUGAUACAUAUUCUGCAGGUAUUAUUCAGGAUCACAACAGAAACGAAAUUGCAGUUGCAGCCACCAUGGCACACGAGAUGGGCCACAACCUCGGGAUGAGCCAUGACACCAACGCCUGCACCUGCAACGCCAAAGUUUGCAUCAUGACCGACACCGUCAGCUCUAUCAUCCCCAAGAAAUUCAGCUCCUGCAGCCUCCAAAGUUUUGAGAAAUUCAUGCUGAGUGACAUGCCGAAAUGCUUAACGAACAUCCCUGACAUAAGCAGCAUCAUUGCACCUCCGUCCUGCGGAAACGGCUUUGUGGAAACAGAGGAGGAAUGCGACUGCGGCACCCCCGAGGAGUGCACCAACGACUGCUGCGACCCCGAGACGUGCAAGCUGACGGCAGGCUCCAUGUGUGCGCACGGAGAGUGCUGUGAAAACUGCCAGUACAAGCAAUCCGGAGCCGUUUGCCGGGCGGUUAAACACGACUGCGACCUGGCCGAGAUGUGCACCGGUUUUUCGGCCAACUGCCCCGCGGAUCGAUUCCGUGUGAACGGACACCCCUGCAACUACGGCGAGGGUUACUGCUACAUGGGCAACUGUCCCACCCGCGAAAACCAGUGCAAAGCCGCGUUCGGACCACACGCUUCUGAAGGCGCAGCUUCCUGUUACCGGAUGAACGAGAAAGGGGUAUAUUACGGCUACUGCAGAAAAGAAAAAGGUAGUCACGUCCCGUGUAAAAAAAAAGAUGUCCUAUGUGGGAAGUUGUUCUGCACCGGGGGCAAGGAGAUGCCUCGGGACGGGAGCCUGGUGACUUUCGAGUCCUGCAAAGCAAGUUUUCCCAGGAAUGAAGAAGUAGACCUGGGGAUGAUUCUCGAUGGAACCAAGUGCGGGAGCGGGAUGGUGUGCAGCAAAGGGGAAUGCGUCUAUGCUGAAGACGUCUUUAGAUCAACCAACUGCUCUGCCAAGUGCACUGGACAUGCUGUGUGCGACCACGAGCUGCAGUGUCAGUGUGAGGAAGGAUGGGCACCACCGACCUGCGACAGCUCCUCGGCCGUCACCAGCUUUGCCAUCAUCGCCGGUGUUUUGGUUGUCCUCGCUGUCACAGCGACCGCAGCAGUGUUACUUAUCCGCUUCCGAGUAUUCAAGAAGAGCUGCCAGCCCAGAAGGGGACCUGGAGCCACAAACCAAGUCUUUGUGGAUCAAGAGCAAAGACACAGAGAACACCCGGUCCUGGCGGUACCGGCCCAGAAGAUGAAUGAUAAGAAGCUUCUCCUCCCUGUCCCUCCACUGCAGGAGACCAAACCACAGCUCCACAGCCCUGCCUUAAGGCCCAAAGGUCCCCCACCUCCUGUUCCUUCUGCCAAACCAACCUCUUCGCACACAGAAAUGAUUUUUGCACCAGAGAGAAAACCCGCUCAUCUCCCAGUUCCCAAAGGCAAACCUCUACCUCCACCAAAGGCUUUAAAACCUCCAAUUAAUCCCAGAGUAUGA